AUGCCUUCUAUUAUUUCACUAGUGUGCGUAAUUGGUGGUGGACAUGCAGGGUGCGAGGCAGCAGCAGGUGCUGCACGCACCGGAGCUAGAACCAUUCUUUUGACCCAGAAACUCGAGACUGUCGGAGAGCUUUCAUGCAAUCCAUCGAUCGGCGGUGUCGGAAAGGGAACCCUGGUACGGGAGGUGGAUGCACUUGAUGGGUUGAUGGGUCGCGUUGCGGAUAAGGCCGGGAUACAGUUCCAGAUUCUCAACCGUUCCAAAGGUGCUGCUGUCUGGGGACCAAGAGCUCAAAUUGAUCGAAAAUUAUACAAGCGAAGCAUGCAGAAUCUCCUGUUCAAUUAUCCUGGUCUCGACGUUCGUGCAGGAAGUGUAUUUGACCUGUUAUUUGAUCCUACCAACGCGGAGAAUCCAUGGGGAAAGAUAACUGGUGUUCAGCUUGAAAAUCAGGAAGUCAUUCAUUGCUCUCAGGUCGUUAUUUGCACUGGAACAUUUUUAUCUGGAGAAAUUCAUAUGGGUAUGAAACGGUUUCCAGCAGGAAGGCUAGGCGAUGCCCCUUCUAUCGGACUUUCAGCGUCGUUAAACUCUGCAGGAUUUAAACUGGGUCGCUUACAAACAGGGACGCCUGCACGGUUGGACCGCAAUACGAUUGACUUUCGCGGGAUGGAGCAGCAAGUAGGAGAUGUCUCUCCAACUCCUUUCAGCUUCUUGAACGACGCCGUAGACAACGCGGCAAACCAAAUUGCAUGUUAUCAAACAAGAACAACCCCAGCAACACACCAAAUUGUAAAGGAUAAUAUACAUCGCAGCGUUCACAUCCAGGAAACUCGCAAAGGACCACGCUAUUGCCCGUCCUUGGAAGCAAAAAUUCUUCGUUUUGGUCAUAAAGCAUCACACACCGUAUGGCUUGAGCCAGAAGGUUAUGAUUCCGAUGUCAUCUAUCCCAACGGAAUAUCGUGUAGUCUUCCCGAGGAAAUUCAAGAACCGAUGAUGAGGACUAUACCAGGUCUUGAAAAUGUGAAAAUGGUCAAACCCGCCUAUGGUGUCGAAUAUGACUACAUCGACCCCAGGGAGCUAGGGCCUACUUUGGAAACCAAUCGCGUCAAGGGUCUAUUCCUCGCUGGUCAAAUCAACGGAACAACUGGGUACGAAGAAGCCGCUGCUCAAGGUGCAGUUGCAGGAAUCAACGCUGGUUUAGCCGCCCUGAAUAAGCCUCCAUUGGUGCUUACCCGCGCCGAUAGCUUUACUGGUGUGAUGAUUGAUGACCUCAUUGUCAAAGGAGCAGAGGAGCCCUACCGGAUGUUCACAUCGCGAUCAGAGUAUCGGAUGAGUAUCCGAAGUGAUAACGCGGACUUGCGUCUUACGGAAAAAGGACGUGAGGCUGGAGUUGUUUCCGAUGAAAGGUGGAAAGUGUUUGAGAAUGUCAAGGAUACCAUGGAGGAAACGAAGAGUCUUUUAAGGUCAAUAUCAUUGAGUCCGCAAGCGUGGGCCAGCCAUGGUAUUACUGUACAAUUUGACGGAAUCAAGCGGAGCGCCUUCCAAAUGCUACGAUACCCCAGAAUCACCCCUUUCAGCCUUACAACAGCUAUACCUAGUCUCCAAAACAUACACCCUCGGAUAUUGACCCGGAUUGGCAUCGAUGGAUUGUACGAUGCGCACUUAACUCGGCAGGAAGCUGAUGUCAAAGCGUUUAGCGCUGACGAAUCUUUGACUCUCGAUCCCCAGAUGGAUUAUUCCACUGUCGCAGGGUUGAGUUCUGAGAUUAUCGAGAAAUUGUAUAGAGUUAAACCGACGACGAUAGGCGCUGCUAAACGGAUGGAAGGAAUGACUCCAACUUCGCUAAUCUCACUCUUGAAGCAUUCUAAACGGAAAUGGGUCAAUGGGCCUCAAAAGGCCUCGGUUUAA